ACAGCAGAAUUUUAAUUAUCAUUAAUUCCUUUGAACAGAGAUUUCCAUUUUUCUCUUCUAUAAAUAGCUAAUCAAAUGAGAUUGCAUUGCACACUGUCGAGAUAUUAAAAAUCUUCUCUACUAUCAGCAACUUAAGCAAGUGACCAUUUGAAAGAUGGGUGGCCAGGACGGUGGAGACAGUGCCGGCAAGGGAGGCGAUAGUGGCAAGGGAGGCAGUGUUGGAAAAGAUAGCGGCGGAGGAAAUUCAAGCGGCGGUGGUGGUUCAGGAGGAAAUAUGAAGGCCCCUGGUGGUGAUGGAAGUUCCAUCUCAAGAGAAGCAUUUGAGAGCAAUCCUAAGGCAUACUUCAAUGACCUGCAUGCUGCAUCAAAGCCAAACAAGUAG